AUGUACCUAUGUCCAAAGUUGAAUAAGAGUCAAUGUCCUUCUAAUGAGCUGGAGAGGGAAGACAUGAAGAACGAGCCGUAUUCAAGACUUGUGGGGAGUUUGAUAUACGCUCAAGUCUGUACAAGGCCUGAUUUUGCUUAUGUAAUGGGUAUGCUAGCUAGAUUUAAGUCCAAUCUAGGUCAUGAGCACUGGAUUGCUGGAAAGAAAGUUUUGAGAUAUUUGCAAAAGACUAAGAGUUAUCAGCUAUUUUAUAGAAGAGUGGAUGAGCUUGAGGUAAUGGGUUAUUCAAAUGUUGAUUUUGCAAGACAAUAUCCAGAACCUGGAAAGUCGACUUCAGGAUAUGUUUUUAUGUUAGUUGGAGGUACCAUAGCUUGGAAGACUGUGAAACAAACGCAGACUGCAACCUCCACAAUGAUGGCAGAAUAUAUUGCAAUUCAUGAAGCUAAAUGUCAAGGCUUGUGGCUGAAAAAAUUUCUUGUAGCAAACUAA